GCUUAAAUUUGUGCCGCCCAUUUGGAAUCCAACGCAUCCAAUGGGCCUACCUAAAGGAGGACCUUAAUGGCCCACCCGCGGAGCGCAUACCUUACCAUGAGAUUCGGCCACGGCCCAGCGACAUAAAAGCGCAAGAUAUACUAGCUCGAGAUACAUCAGCCCGGUUAUAUCAAACACGGUGA